AUAAAUUAUUAUACAAGAAACAUCAAUUUUAAUAAUUAAAAGCAUAAUGCAAUGAAGAAAACUAGGCGUUUUUCUACUAAUUAUUUUGUAAUUGUUGCUCAUUUAUAUACAUCAUUAAUACCAGCAGAUUAUUUAUAAAAAAUAUCGUCAAUAAUUAGCAACAACUUUGUGAAGACGUUUAACAACUUCGAGCAAAAGAAAAACCAAUUAAUAAAGUUUUUCUAGCGCAUCGCGGUCUUUCGCGUUUAAAAUUAAUGAGUAGAGUCUUCUAUAUAAAAUAAAUAAAUAAACUGUCAAAUUAAAAACCUAUUAGUGAAAGGAAAACAAAAGAAAGUUCAGUUGAUGUUGUGUCGUCUUCAUCAUUGUGAUAGGGGUUGGAGCUUUUAAUUCUCUACAAAGUUUAAACUUACACGAGAAAAAGACAUUAAUUCAUGGCUUCAAUACGAUGAACUCGUCAGAAGAGUCUGAGUGGUCGGGACCAGAUAUGUUUGAGGUUGAAAUCACUGGCAGUCGUGGAUUAUACGAAAAUAGUUUUAAUGAAACGAACAAUAACAAAACUUUAAGUUAUCCAGGAACCAAGAUUGUUGUUAGACCGGAAGAAGCUUUAAUAGUAAUCUUUGUGCUGAUACUUUGGGUCGGCGCCAUUGGAUUGUUUUUCCAUCGAUGGGGGAAAAUUAGAAACUGUGAACCAUAUGCUCCAAAAUUUGAAGCGGAAGAUCAUCGGGGCUCAUGUCACGAUCAAUCGAAUUUGAUAAAUAAGCGGAUGUCGAUGUCAAGCAAGUUGGCACAGCCUGGGCCGACCAUGCAAUUGAGCGGAAAUCCCAACUCAUUCUCAAAAGGUUUUGUAUCCGUUGAUAUCGAUUGCCAAUGAUUUUAAAGCCCGAAAUACUCCAACUGUUUCAGCUUAUCCUAUUUACAAUCGAACCCGCCAGAAUUCAGUUUUUGUACAACAUUUGAUGGCGCCCCUGGAUGUACAACGAAAAACCAAAUCAGCGAUGGAUCUUCACUCUAUGACCAGCGAAGGAGACUAUGAAACUGUUUAAUUCAAUAAUCUAUAAUUAGAAUUAAGGAAGUUGUGAAGUUAUAGAGAGAAAAGUCAUAAAGUUGUUAAUAUUUAAUUGCCAAUUAAUCAACUUUUUCCCUACUAACUAGUUUUAUAAUUAAAUUAUUAAAAUGUAGUUGUUUGUAAACUUUCCCUAUUGUAAUGACUACAACAUUAAAAUUUCUUCUUGUUUGUGCAAAAAGGAUAAUGAAAAAAAAUUGUUAAUUAAUUUAAUAGAAAUUUUUAUAGAAAUUUCUCUCCUUUGAUUUGGGAUGAUUUAAUUAAAAGUUGAAAUUCUAAUUAGGCUAUUGAAUUAAUGUAAUUUCUUUGAAUUCAUGAGAAGUUUAAGAGCAUCAAA